GCGCCGGAAGUGGAGUGCAGAGCCGUGCAGAGCCGUGCUGUACGCUGUCGGUCACUGUGAUUCGGAGCCCGUGCGGUCGCUGGACCCAUCCAAGUGGCGCGAGCGGCUCUGGGCCCCUGGGGCCCCGCGGUCCAGAGGGCACCAUGGACGACAAGGAGUUAAUUGAAUACUUUAAGUCUCAGAUGAAAGAAGAUCCUGACAUGGCCUCAGCAGUAGCUGCCAUCCGGACUUUGCUGGAAUACUUGAGGAGAGAUAAAGGGGAGACACUCCAGGGCCUGAGAGCGAAUCUCACCAGUGCCAUAGAAACCCUGUGUGGCGUGGACUCUUCUGUGGCCGUGUCCUCGGGCGGGGAGCUCUUCCUGCGCUUCAUCAGCCUUACCUCCCUGGAAUACUCCGAUUACUCCAAAUGUAAAAAGAUCAUGAUUGAGCGGGGAGAGAUUUUUCUCAGGAGAACAUCACUGUCGAGAAAUAAAAUUGCAGAUCUGUGCCAUACUUUCAUCAAAGAUGGGGCGAGAAUAUUAACUCACGCCUACUCCAGAGUGGUCCUGAGAGUCUUGGAAGCAGCCGUGGCGGCCAAGAAGCGUUUCAGUGUGUACAUUACAGAGUCACAGCCUGAUUUAUCAGGUAAGAAAAUGGCCAAAGCCCUCUGCCACCUCAGUGUCCCCGUCACUGUCGUACUGGAUGCCGCUGUUGGCUACAUCAUGGAGAAAGUGGAUCUUGUCAUUGUUGGUGCUGAAGGAGUUGUUGAAAACGGAGGAAUCAUUAACAAGAUUGGAACCAACCAGAUGGCUGUGUGUGCCAAAGCACGGAACAAGCCUUUUUAUGUUGUUGCAGAAAGUUUCAAGUUUGUACGGCUCUUCCCACUAAACCAGCAAGAUGUCCCAGAUAAGUUUAAGUACAAGGCAGAUACUCUGAAGUCCACGCAGACUGGACAGGAUCUCAAAGAGGAGCACCCGUGGGUCGACUACACCUCCCCUUCCUUAAUCACACUGCUGUUUACAGACCUGGGGGUGCUGACGCCCUCAGCAGUCAGCGACGAACUCAUCAAGCUCUAUCUGUAACAGCCGGGCCCUUUCCUGCCGGCGAACAGCUGAUGCUGGGAGCAGCCUCUUGGCCCCUCAAUGAGCCAGGCCAAAACUGAAUUGUUUUUUAUGAAAUUUUAUCGACUAAGUACUUAAAAUCAUACGUCUUGGAGAAUUUUUAUUCAUUUCAGUCCCAUCUGAAAUAUGUUCAUGGUUCCCCUAGAACCCAACCUAAAUUGUGCUUAUGGUUUCCAGACACUUUCAUUCAUUUCCAGUUUCCAGAAAUACAAGUUAGAUUAUUGGCUGCUUGACUGAUGAAAGAAGAUGUGCCGCGUCCCCCUCCCUUCAUCUUCCCCACACUCCAGACUUAUCUGCCAGAAGCAUCAAUGAAAGCCAUGCAGGCCUAAGAGAGCAGGGGUCCUAACUGCGGCCAGGCGCCCCUCCAGCAACCAACAGCCGCCCAGGAUGCAGGCUACACGGUGCCUGCACGGUGUGAGAAAGGCAGGAAACACUUGCUGAAUCUGCAUCAGGCUUCCAGCAGUGAACAUGAGCUGAGGGCUGUCAUCUCCAAAAAAAGGAUCAAGCCAAACAGAGUGGAAACUAACAUGAGAACCCAAGACAGAAACAGCGUCUUUGGCAGGAGUAUCCUACAUGCCUCACCACUUACGAAGAUGCCUUCCAGAAUAUUUGCAAACUUUAAUUCUGUAUCUGGGAAAGAUGUGAAUUUAAACAUGUUUGGGUCCUGAACAGCUUUUUUAAAAUUGUUCUUGGGAACAAUUCAGCAUCUUUUCAAAUUGUAUGAAAGAUUUUGAUAUGGCGUUGCAUCGGUACCGCAAGCUGACCCCAGGCCCAAAUGUAUUGUCCAUCUUGGUAAAGACACUAUGCAGCCACCUUCACACACUUAAGGCACAGUUAGAAUGAAAUACAGUUUAUUCAACAGAAGGCAUAAUAAUUUUCUUUUCCAGAAUGACUUGCUUCCUCUGUUUUUCAGAUACUCACCAAUAAAACAGUACUAGGGGCUGUGCAGGUGUUCUGCACAGUACAUCAAAGAGAGAACUGAAGUCCAGGGAGAAGGACAUCCAGGGAGAUCAGGUGCCUGAAAACACUGAGGAAUUUUAAAAGGCCUAAAAUCAAGUCUACAUCAGUAUCUCUGUGUUAAAAACCAAUGAGCUCUUUGACUAACCCAUCAAAAUAAAUACUGACAUCUGUUAUUUACACUCAGUUAAUUUACAUUUUCUUCUGUUAGACUCCAAAGGCUGGUAUGUUUUUCAUAAAAUAUUCAUGAGCGUGAAACCCCUCACAUGGCCGUCUGCAACAGCAGCUUUGGGAGAGGUGGUUCUUCCCGGACGUCUGCUGAAGUUCUGCUGUUCAGUACACGCGAGCGCAAGCUAUCUGCGAGCGCAGGGCAGCUCGUGGCAUUCCCGUUGCUCUCGUGCACUUCGCCUGAGCGGCAGGAAUCAGCAGUCAUCUUCCAAAUCUGAGAUCCCCAAAUCUGCUGUCUUGACUGAUCCUGUGCCACUUGUCAACAGCCCCUUCUCGAGUUCUUCUUCAGUAAUUUUGCCUUUUUUAAACUUUUUCAAGAGCCUUGUGUCAUUAAGAAGUUCUUCCACGUCCUCAUCUUCAAUAUCAGAACCCUGAGUACAGAAGAGAUCAACAAGCUACUGAAUUUCUCAGCAACAGUGUUCUAAGUGAAACCAGCAAUUUUUAAUCAGUAACUAGCUUAGAUCACCUUCCACAAACAGCGCAUUCCCCACCCAAGCCACCAAGGGAGUAUAGAAAUCUGAGAGUCCUAUGCAAUUCCUAUUAGAAGAUAACUAUAUACUACACUUCAGUGAAACUUGUUCAGAAUUCUAAGUUGAGUAUUUAAAUAAUAAAAAUGCAAACUUUACCUCUUCCCUUUUCCUUUUUUCAUUCCGUUUUUUCUUCUUUUCCUUUUUGGCCUUCUGCUUUGACCAAGCUUUAUUUUUUAUGAAUUUUCUUCUCCCUUCAUUUUCUGUUUUCUCUUUUCUUUGUUGCUCCAAUAGCUUCUGCCUCUGCUUUUCUCUGAUUUUAUCUUUAAAUGGAAUGGUGUCUGUACUGACGUCCACAGGCACGAAAUCUGGAAACUGCUUUCCUCUCAGCUCUGGCAUCUUGGGCAUCCUCAGCAGGCCAAAACCUCGAGCAAGACUUGCAAAAUCGAGAUCUGAUUAAACCAAAACACUGCAGUUAGCACACCCAAAAUAGGAUUAUAGGCAUCAACCCACAGAACAUUCACAGCAAUAUAAUUUUGUCUACCUAAAUGACCUAAUGGGCUCAUUUUAAUUAGAAUUAAAAUAAUUACAUUUUUACUAAAAAGGAAUACUCAGCAGCCAGUGUAUUCUGUCUACUCAAACCCAAGGAAGACUGUGUUUUAUUUUAUUUUUAUUUAUUUUUUUGGCUGCGCUGCACAGCACAUGGGAUCUUAGUUCCCCAACCAGGGAUCGAACCCAUGCUCCCUGCAGUGGAAGCUCGGAGUCCUAACCACCAGAUCACCAGGGAAUUCCUAGGAAGACUUUCUUUUAAAUGUUUAGAAUACAUUAAACCUGGCAUAGGCCUGACUUUUUUUGUUUAACAUCUUUAUUGGAGUAUAAUUGCUUUACGAUGGAGUGUUAGUUUCUGCUUUACAACAAAAUGAAUGUUAUAUAUAUAUAUACCUAUGUUCCCAUAUCUCUUUCCUCUUGCAUCUCCCUCCCUCCCACCCUCCCUAUCCCACCCCUCCAGGUGGUCACAAAGCACUGAGCUGAUCUCCCUGUGCUAUGCGGCUGCUUCCCACUAGCUAUCUACCUCACGUUUGGUAGUGUAUAUAUGUCCAUGCCUCUCGCUUUGUCACAGCUUACCCUUCCCCCUCCCCAUAUCCUCAAGUCCAUUCUCUAGUAGGUCUGUGUCUUUAUUCCCAUCUUACCCCUAGGUUCUUCAUGACAUUUUUUUUUCUUAAAUUCCAUAUAUAUGUGUGAGCAUACGGUAUUUGUCUCUCUCCUUCUGACUUCACUCUGUAUGACAGACUCUAGGUCUAUCCACCUCAUUACAAAUAGCUCAAUUUUGUUUCUUUUUAUGGCUGAGUAAUAAGGCCUGACAUUUUUAUAAAACAAAGCAGUUUCAUACCUGUAAUACUUCUAAAACCACCAGAUGUUUCAGAUGGAGAUAGAAUUAUGUGAAGUCCAACUUACCCUUUAAUCUGAAGAUGAGGUUACACUCAUGCUUUGCAUAAGCCUGGACGAAUGACACAAAAGCUUUCAUGCCCUUUUCAAACACAGCUCUGUCAGCCAGGGCCAUGGACUUGAGCUUUGGAAGGAGGUCUACUGUGUUCUUCUGGACUUUCAUCUCCUGCAGGGGGCACUGCACAGGGACCACAGCAUCACUUCUGGCUGGAAUCACCUCAUCCCCAACCAAGGCUACCCCAUAAGAGCCAGUGCCAAUAAAACCAAAGGCAGAACCAUCCAUUUUAAUCUUAAAGCAGAGGCCUGGAAGCCCAAAUCCAAGCAAAGUAUUUACUUGGUCCAGAAAGUAUUUUAAAAAUUUUAAAGCAAAGUUUAAAAUGAGAUUUUACCUAACAAUCCUGAUUUCUGCUUGGAAAGUAUGGUAACAUAGGUCUAUGUUCCCAACUAGUGAUACUUAGCUGGGGCCAAGCAGUGGCCAUACCCCAGAGCCUCUCCACAGCCAUAAAGCCAGCCAGGUUCCCGCACGGACAUCACCAGCCUGGCCCCUGUGUGUCUGCAACCCCUAAUCUAAGUUCUGGACCCCACUUGCUGGAAAAGAACUUUUUCAACUACCCCAGCACUGGACAUUCCAUAGGAAAAAGGAAGACAGCUUACUUUCUGGUUAAUUGCAAGGAAAUUGACGUAUGACUCUUCCAUGGGAAGGAGAAACACAAGUGCGCUGCCGCCGUGGCCGAUGCGGGCUGUGCGGCCACAGCGAUGCACGAAGGCACUGUGAACAACAAGGAGCGGGAACGUGGUCACCACGUGACGGUGGCCGAGCAGAGCACAGGCCUGCAGCCGCACGGCUGAUGCACCUAAAAUGACCCGAGGAGCUCCAUCCCAACCCGCCGCUUAUUAGUGCUAUAGAAGAGCUGGCUAUUAAAGUACACGUGCAAACCAGAGAGGGUUCUGUUAGACAUUUACUAUGAACUGUAAAACUUUUAAAUUUAUGCCUAUCUGACGGUAUAGGUAGGAGGAAGCAGUCUCAGUAGAAAAACUGAAAAACAAUGAAAAGCGUAAAAAAGAAAAUAAAAGUGACCUAUGAGGAACGCCCCCCACAGGAAGUAACAACUAUUGCUUAGGAGUUUGUAUUUACAGGUGCUUUCCUAUGUUUGGAGGCAUUUAUCAGGAAUAUAUGCUUGCUUUCAGAUAAUAACUGACAUCUUCAUAUAUGGUGUAUAUAUUGUUCUCCUUUAAACACUCUAUCAUGUGCAUUUCUGCAAGAACUUUAAGGGACUUCCUUGAUGGCCCAAUGGUUAAUACUCUGCACUUCCAAUGCAGGGGGCAUGGGUUCCAUCCCUGGUCAAGGAAGUAAGAUCCCACA